GGACAAAACCAUGAAACUUUUUAGAAUAAUACGCGACACGUGUACACCAAAAAUAAAAACAAAAAAUACAAUGAGUUUGUCGACGUUUUUCGGCCCGUGGUCUUGGUUCAGAUAACUAGUGGUUCGUAUACAGUUAUCAUGUUGGUGUUUCUUCUUUUAUUGACUAAUCUCAAGGGCCGUUCUAUUAUAUCCGGGCCGUCUUUGAAAUUGUUUAGCGGCGGCGCGUCACUCGCUAUUGAGAUCUUCAUAUACUGUUACAUAUUUGACCACAUAGAAACCGCGAAGUCGAAGGUGAAUUUCGGAUUGUACAGUAGCGACUGGACCGCGAAGGAUUUGAAGUUUAAAAAGACACUGUUGCUGGUCAUGAACAUGAACUCUGCACACAAUCGAUUGAUGAAAAUAAAACCCGAAUCAGUUGUUAAUCUAGAAUUGUUUGCCAAGGUGGUGAAACUGUCAUACUCGAUAGUGUCUGUACUGCUCAAGACGAAUUCUUAAA